AGAGGCGCGGCGCGCCCCCGUGCGCGCCCCCGCGGUCCCCGCCAGUCCCCCUGCUGGUCCCCUGGCCCCGGCCUGCCCGCCGCGCUCACCCGCCGGCCUGAGCAUGGGCGCGCGAGUCCCCGGCGGCCCCCCGGCCCGGCCCGGCCUGCUGCUGCUGCUGCUGCUGCUGCUCGGGCCGCUGUGCCCGGGCGCGCGAGGGGCGCGGGGCCGCGGCGGGGCCGAGAAGAACAGCUACCGCCGCUCGGCCAACACCUUCUCGCAGAGCGUCAGCAGCCUGUUCGGCGAGGACAACGUGCGCGUGGUUCAGAAGUUCCUGACCAGGCUGACAGAGAGAUUCGUGCUGGGCGUGGAUAUGUUCGUGGAGUCCAUCUGGAAAAUUUGGACAGAGGUCUUAGAUGUUCUUGGACUUGACGUGUCCAACCUGUCGCAGUACUUCAACCCAACCUCGGUGGCCAACAGCCCCGCCCGUGCCCUCCUGCUGGUCGGCGUGGUCCUCCUGGCCUACUGGUUCCUGUCAAUGACCCUGGGCUUCAUCUUCAACGUCCUGCACUCGGUGUUCGGCCGCUUCUUCUGGGUGGCGCGAGUCAUCCUCUUCUCCAUGUCCUGCAUCUACAUCCUGCACAAGUACGAGGGGGAGCCUGAGAACGCCAUCCUGCCGCUGUGCUUCGUGGUGGCCGUCUACUUCAUGACGGGGCCCAUGGGCUUCUACUGGCGCAGCGGGCCCAGCGGGCCCAGCGUGGAGGAGAAGCUGGAGCACCUGGAGAACCAGGUCAGACUCCUCAACAUCCGCCUCAAUCGGGUGCUGGAGACCCUCGACCGCUCCAACGGCAAGUGACAACCAGCCAGCCGGCCGGCCCCCCUCAUUUCAGCGCCCAACUUCCGGAAACAGAAACGGAGAAGGAAGAAAAGGACUCCCAACCCCAAACAGUCUUAAUAAAAACCUCCCUGAGCAAGACUGAGGCGCUGCGUGAGAGUGUUCCCCGGCCAGGUGUCACCUUUUUGGACACCAAGGACGAGGAGGAACAGGAGGUGGUGGAUAUACGACACCACCCCCCUCAGUGUCACUAGUGGGAAAGAAAAAUAAUAAUAGUAUUUUUUAAACAGAGGAUAUAACCCUAUAGCUAUACAGUAAGAGAAGUUUUACCUGUGCAUAGAGUAUAAAGUUCUUUUUUCCUCCCCCCUUCCCCCCAAGCACUGAAAUACAUCUUUUGCAAGUUUUUCAAAUAAAGGCAGACCUAGUUAAGUUU